GGUCUAGAGCCCCUCCCCGGACUUCUGCAGUCACCGGUUCCUUUGCGUCCCGUUACCUGUCAUUCAUAUGCUAGCCUGUCCGCAUUUCUACUCGGACAUCAUCUUUGCCAUUUCUCAUUGCCGCCCAUUUUCUCAUAACGGUCCUAACCCUCUCACCAACAAGAAAUCCCGUUCUAGCUAUUCUGCUUGCUCCGUCGCUGUCAUGCUCGUGUAGAGAUCGAGGUCGCUUUGAACCUUUGGCAGAUAGCCUCAAUUGUGGUGGGCAUGUCUUCGCCUACAGAUACGAAUCUGCGCGGAUUUUGUCCUGCGCCAUUCCUCCAGGAGGCUCUCUUCCCAGAGACCGGGGGAUUUCUUUCGGGGAGAUUUUGCAUGCCCAUUGCCGCACUCGGAAACGCAACUUGCUGUCUCCCAUGCCCGGUUACGGAUUGGACCUAUUCCCAGGGAUUUGAACAGAGGACCUCCAUUGCCAACUGGGUCAAUUUAGCAGCUUUCAUUCUUUCUGUCUACCUAGUGUUAUCGUUCAUCGUUCUCCCCGUCAAGUACACGCACCGACACUACUUAAGUGUCUGUGCCACGCUGAGCGUCAUAUCUCUUGAGCUUGCGUUCAUCAUUCCCCUGGGUACCAAGCCAGAACAAUGCUUCAACGAAAUCACCCCUAACGACAUGAGGUCCAACGGCUCUUGUGCCAUCAGCGGCGCAUUUCUGCUUUUUGGAGGCUGGGCAAUUGUCAUCUGGAUUUUUUGUCGAGCAUUGGCAUUACAUUUGCAGAUAUGCUGGGAAGUUGUUCCCGGAGAUCGUUUCUUCUACGCGGCUUUGGCCUUUGGCUGGCUUGUCCCUGCCGCCGGCCUCACCGUCACUCUCGCUUUGACAGGGGUUUCAUACCGCUUCGGGAAUGUCUGCCAUAUCAACCAUAAGUACGCGCUACAGGACUUUUGGGGCCCUCUCCUUGCCUUUGCGGCUCUGGCAUUGGUAUUACAAUUCAUUACCAUUGGAUAUUGCAUCCAGGUCUAUAUUCGGAGUUUGCUCGACGACAAGACGACCACCAAUACGAGCUCUCAGGCCCCAACAUAUUCUGGUAGUGUCAGAACGCUCUCGGCCAGACAAGCGUAUAGGAGGGUGAAAAGGGUCGUGCAGCUCCAGUGGCGCGGCGCAACCAUCGUUCUAGUCAUCAUUGGAGAGGUCGUCUUCUUUGCUGUCGUCUUUGUUUCGAUGGACAACAGCACUCAAGUCAACCCAGACAUGCUCAGGAGGGCGGAAUCUUGGUUGCAGUGUUUGGUCGCCACACAAGGGGGCAGGGACCAAUGCCUGCAGUACACCAGAGAUCUGGUCGAAUCUGAAGCUGUCGUCCUCGCUGUUCUAAUAGUACUAGGGCUGAGUGGAUUUUGGUGCCUGGUGUUUUUCGGCCGAUGGUCAAUGGUCGAAGGAUGGAAAGACUUUUUCCGGACCAGGUUUCGUCGAAAGAACGAGUUCGUUUCGGCUGAUGCCAGACCGUUGCCUGAAGACCCUCAUCGAGCGCUGACGAGCCCACUCGCUCGCUCACCAUAUACACCCGAGCCUGAUAUGAAGGGAGACUAUUUCGGGGGGGCCCGUACAUAUGUCAAUCCAGUCUCGAAUUUUUCGUAUCCACAAACCUCUGCUCCAGGCCGGGAUUGGGACCCAAGGUCGACACACGCCGCUUCAUCCGAGUUCGAAUCUAAAUCAAGCCAUCCUAUGGCCAAGUUCUCUUGAUGAGACUGACGAGACCACCUAUCUCCAUCUAAGAAUCUGCAAAAUGGCCUUGCGCGAGAACGGCCAGAGCCAUCCAACGCCGGGCAUCGUGCAAGCAUAGUCAAAGCCAGGUUUAUGGUGCAACACGCUGGCAUGGCUCAUUUUAUCGGUCACGAGUCCCGUACUUUCCGCGACACAAUUAUGAAACCAGCAACAGCUGAUGGUUGACGUCCUCAGACUAGACGAGCAGUCUGGUCUGCUGAGGGGGUCUAAGCUCACCAAUCAUUAGACUGGGGAAUACAUGGAUCGACAAACAUGAUAGGACAGGAAAUACAACACCAGUCACUUUUGCGACGGCGCACCGGGUGCUCAUCUUUUUGAUAUUGAGUUUUCUUGGUUGGAGGAAACAGCGCGACGCCCCACGGCGAAAAGCAUCAAGUAGGUCUCGGUGGCCAUAUACCCGAGACUUCAUCUGUAUCGAUAGGAAUAUGCUGCGCAGGCCUUCCCUUUCGGCCGCUUCGAGUCCUGAUUUGACGGGACUAGAUGGACAGAUCUAAGAAGUUCACUGGCUGCAAGGCUGUGACCAAUGUAUAACAGCGAUCUGAAACUAUGGCGAUGAGGAGAUGAAUAAGAGGCCUGUGGUAGUGAGAUUCAGAGCCUUGAAGACUAGCAGUGGCAAACAUUCU